UGACUAACAGUACACACGUAGCUGCGACACGCAGCACAGCGAAAUCAACAGCUAGCCCGUUGAAAUGCCUCCGGGAGACCUCGACCCACCCCUCAAUACUCGUCCGUGGGAGCACAUUGUUGUUAUACUUCACUGGUAGGACCGCGUGGAGACGGAAUGUGUCCAGUAAAAUGCCGACUUUUUGAGUUUUAUUCCCCCGUUUCGCUCGGCGCAGCGAGGCAGAAGCAGCGGGUCUUUUUCCAAAGUUGACGGUUAGCAGCAGGGCGCGUGUGAAGGAUCGGACUUAAAGGAGCAGUACACCCCGCUGCAGCCUCCCAACAUGGAGAAGCAGCAGAGCGAUCUGGACCGCGACAGACAGGUCUGUGAACUUUGUGGAAGAAUGGAGAACCUUUUAAAGUGCGGUCGUUGCCGGAGUUCCUUCUACUGCAGCAAAGAGCACCAGAAGCAGGACUGGAAGAAACACAAGCUGAUUUGUAAGGAGGCGGACAAGCCGAAACAGAAGCCUGGAGACGGUCCAUUGGCGAGGGACAGCAGGAAACAAGAAGAAAAGAAAAGCACGGAGCAGGGGGAUUCUGCAACCGUACCCCUAACUCCAAACACAGAAGCACCUGCUGACGAGGACGGACCGGGAGAACUGGGGUCCAACACCCCCACCACGCCUAACGGCCAGACCAGCCUCUCCCCUCAGAAACUCGCAACGGAGUGCAUCGUCCCCUGCAUGAACAAGCACGGCAUCUGCGUGGUGGACAACUUCCUAGGAUCAGAGACCGGACUGGGCAUUUUGGAGAACGUCAAGUCUCUGUACAAGACGGGCAGGUUCACAGACGGCCAGCUGGUGAGCCAAAAGAGCGACUCCACUAAAGACAUCCGAGGGGACAAAAUCACGUGGAUAGACGGGACAGAGUCUAACUGCGAGAAGAUCAGCUUCCUAAUGAGUCGGAUGGACGACUUAAUCAGACACUGUAAUGGCAAACUAGGGAACUACACUAUAAACGGAAGGACAAAAGCAAUGGUGGCCUGUUACCCUGGAAACGGAACGGGUUAUGUGCGCCAUGUGGAUAACCCCAACGGCGAUGGACGCUGCGUCACAUGCAUAUAUUACCUUAAUAGAGAUUGGAAUGCCAAGGAACACGGCGGCCUGCUGCGAAUCUUCCCUGAAGGAAAGGCCCAGUUCGCUGAUAUAGAGCCAAAAUUUGACCGGCUGCUCCUCUUCUGGUCAGACAGGCGAAACCCUCACGAGGUCCAGCCCGCUUUCUCUACAAGGUAUGCCAUCACGGUCUGGUAUUUUGAUGCAGACGAGCGAGCCAGAGCUAAAGAAAAGUACUUAACAGGUGCAGGAGAAAAGGGAGUUAAAGUCGAACUCAACAAAUCAUCGGAUCCCAGCUAGUAGGACGAUUGCAAACAUCCAUUAAGUGCUCUAUCCUAAGAAAGUGGCCUACAGAAAUCAUGUGUACAACUGAAAAA